UACAAAUAGAUUCAUAACCCUUAAAACAUGUUACAUCAGUAGCAAUUGAAACAUGGAAACAUUUAUAAAAUUCAUUUCAUUUUCUUGGGGGUAAAAAGAAAAAAAGGGAUUUGGUGGGUAUAAAUGGAAGAGGUUGGAGCACAAGUUCAACUCCCCCUCCCUUGGGCCUGGGCACACUCCUUCCUUCCUUCCUUCCUUAAUUAAUUUACAACUGAUGAUGUUAGAUUCAGAGUUGAAGAUAAUACAACAGCAGAAAAGGUUCAGCCAAGAACAGAUCAAAUCAUUGGAGGCCAUUUUCCAGUCUGAAUCCAAACUCCAACCCAGAAAGAAGUUGCAGAUAGCUAAAGAUCUUGGAUUGCAACCCAGGCAGGUGGCUAUUUGGUUUCAAAAUAAAAGAGCAAGAUGGAAAUCAAAGCAACUACAAACAGAUUACAACAUAUUAAGGCUCAGCUAUGAUUCCCUUUCUUCAAGAUUUGACAUCCUCCAAACACAGAAUCAAUCAUUAACCCUCCAGUUGAAGAAGCUGCAACAAGAGAUGGAGAAAAAAGCAACCUCAAGUUCAAACAAAUCCAUGGGCAUUGUUGUAUCAGAUGCUGAUAGCAUAAAACCACCAGUAGAACAGAGUAGUAUGAUACAUGGGCAUAGAGAUAAAUGGGAUGAUUUGGAUAUGAGUAACCAAUGGUGGGAGUCAUGGUGUUGAAGUGGACUCUCUUUCUUAUGUAUGUGAAUGAGAAUGUGAAUGUGAAUGUGAAUGUGAUUUAUAUACAAUAAGGAAAGGAUGGGCAUCAUCUAAUACUAUUAAUCAU